AUGCUUUCCUCCCGUUUCUCCCGCGCGAUCCCUCGCGCUGCCUCUCACGCUCGCGCUCCCACUUUCAGAGUCCCCAGCACAUCGUUCAGAAGAUGGAACUCGACAGAGGGUGGCGAGGAGAAGGUGAAGGGCCAGGUCAUUGGUAUUGACCUUGGUACCACUAACUCUGCCGUUGCCGUCAUGGAGGGCAAGACCCCCAAGAUCAUUGAGAACACCGAGGGUGCCAGAACAACACCAUCCGUCGUUGGUUUUGCUCAAGAUGGUGAGCGUCUAGUUGGUAUCGCCGCUAAGCGUCAGGCUGUUGUCAACCCCGAGAACACUCUGUUCGCCACCAAGCGUCUCAUCGGUCGCAAGUUCACCGACAUUGAGGUUCAGCGUGACAUCAAGGAGGUCCCCUACAAGAUCGUUCAGCACACCAACGGUGACGCCUGGGUUGAGGCUCGCGGCCAGAAGUACUCGCCGUCGCAGAUUGGUGGUUUCACCCUCGGAAAGAUGAAGGAGACCGCCGAGAACUACCUCAGCAAGCCCGUUAAGAACGCUGUCGUUACUGUUCCUGCCUACUUCAACGACUCCCAGCGUCAGGCUACCAAGGACGCUGGUCAGAUCGCUGGUCUCAACGUUCUCCGUGUUGUCAACGAGCCCACUGCCGCCGCUCUUGCCUACGGUCUUGAGAAGGAGGCCGACCGUGUUGUCGCCGUCUAUGACCUUGGUGGUGGUACUUUCGAUAUCUCCGUCCUGGAGAUCCAGAAGGGUGUUUUCGAGGUCAAGUCUACCAACGGUGACACCCACCUUGGUGGUGAGGACUUUGACAUCAACCUUGUCCGCCACAUUGUCAACAACUUCAAGCAGGAGUCUGGCCUCGACCUCUCUGGUGACCGCAUGGCCAUUCAGCGUAUCCGUGAGGCUGCUGAGAAGGCUAAGAUCGAGCUGUCCUCUUCUCUCCAGACUGAGAUCAACUUGCCUUUCAUCACUGCUGAUGCCUCCGGUGCUAAGCACAUCAACAUGAAGAUGACCAGAAGCAACCUGGAGUCUCUUGUUGACCCUCUCAUCAGCCGCACCGUCGAGCCCGUCCGCAAGGCCCUCAAGGACGCCAACCUCCAGGCCAGCGAGAUCCAGGACAUCAUCCUUGUCGGUGGUAUGACUCGUAUGCCCAAGGUCACCGAGUCCGUCAAGUCCAUCUUCGGCCGUGAGCCCGCCAAGUCCGUCAACCCUGACGAAGCUGUUGCCAUUGGUGCCGCUAUCCAGGGUGCCGUCCUGGCUGGUGAGGUUACUGACGUUCUGUUGCUCGAUGUCACCCCUCUGUCUCUCGGUAUCGAGACCCUGGGUGGUGUCUUCACUCGUCUGAUCAACCGCAACACCACUAUCCCCACCAAGAAGUCCCAGACCUUCUCCACCGCCGCUGACUACCAGACCGCUGUCGAGAUCAAGGUCUUCCAGGGCGAGCGUGAGCUCGUCAAGGACAACAAGCUCCUCGGAAACUUCCAGCUUGUUGGUAUCCCCCCUGCCCACCGUGGUGUUCCCCAGGUCGAGGUUACCUUCGACAUUGAUGCCGACUCCAUUGUCCACGUCGGUGCCAAGGACAAGUCCACCAACAAGGACCAGUCCAUCACCAUCGCCUCCGGCUCUGGUCUCUCUGACGCUGAGAUCCAGUCCAUGGUUGACGAUGCUGAGAAGUACGGUGCUCAGGACCAGGAGCGCAAGGCCGCCAUUGAGGCUGCUAACCGUGCUGACAGUGUCCUGAACGACACUGAGAAGGCUCUCAAGGAGUUCGAGGACCGUCUCGACAAGGCCGAGGCUGACCAGAUCCGUGAGAAGAUCGCCACCCUCCGUGAGUUCGUUGUCAAGAACCAGACCGGUGAGGGCAGCGCCACCGCCGAGGAGCUCAAGCAGAAGACCGAUGAGCUGCAGAACGCCAGCUUGACCCUCUUCGACAAGAUGCACAAGGCUCAGUCUGAGCAGCAGCAGCAGCCUCCUCAGGGUGAGGGCGAGAACAAGGCCUAA